AUGUUCGCAAAGGUUGCUCUUGUCUUGACUGCAGCACUGUCCUUGGUGGAUGCUCAAUUCAACAAUCCAACAGGUGUCGAUAUUUGGUGUGGCAAGGCGUAUAGAGAUACCAAUGCUUCCUUCAAUCCAGGAGGCUGGUUCCAAGAAUCUUCAAAAUCCGACACACCACUUGUUGACUUCAAAAUCAAACCUCGGAUGAACUUGUAUCUGGAAGAUGAUACAAUCUCCAGCUUCAUAGUCGAUGCACCUGUGUCUUGGUACGUUGGCCAUGCUUUGCCUGGUGGUAACACGUCAACAUCAAGACAGGGAUCGAAGAUUGUUCUCAACAUCAUGACCGGGAACAGAUCUCUCCAUCUGAAUCAGACGUCAAUCAAGCUUGGGUCAACCAACAACGAGAUACCAUUCGAUCUAUCAUCGUUUUCAGCAAGGUCCGAACCGCACAACAUCACAGUGACUGGUACACUCGACGGCCACAAGAAUGUGACUUUCACCGCCACGACUCAGCUUAACAAGCUGCCGCUUCGCUCAGACAAUGGUACGGCGACUCGGCUUGAUAACCUGUAUGGUGGCUUGUCUGUUCGAAAAGGGCAAGCCAAAGAAUGGACUUCUCUGUUCCCUUACACGUAUUAUGUCCAAUGGAGUCUAUACUGGUACGCCAACCUGACAAACCUCGACGAGUUUGCAGCAAUGGGCUACAACGUAAUUCACAUUGUGCCCACUGGCGACCUUGGCGAUACACCAUUUCCCUGGGACAAGUUUCAACCCUAUUUGGACCGCGCAGACGAGCUAGGUCUCUACUUUAUGUACGACGUACGCUGGGAUUAUGCCAAUCUCACCACAAUGAUUGACCAAAUCCAUCACUUACACACGCACCCGUCCAUUCUUCUAUGGUACACGGCAGACGAGCCUGACGGCAAGUCCAACCCUAUCAACUCGACUGCUAUAGCCUACAACACUAUAAAGGCAAUCGAUCCCUACCAUCCUGUCUCAUUAGCCCUCAAUUGUCGAGACUUUUACUACGCCGAUUAUGCAGCAGGUGCUGAGAUUGUUCUCGAAGAUGUCUAUCCUAUUAGCACGAACACCUCGUACUCGACCGUCUACGAUACACCUUGCAACGCUACCUAUGGCUGUUGCGGCUGCGACGACUGCUCAGGCAGCUUCACCGACAUCUCUGAUCGUCUAGACGAAUAUACUGCCAAAGACAAUCUGCUUGGCUGGCAAAAGAUCCAUUGGGCGGCUCCUCAAGCAUUCGGAAACGAGACAUUCUGGACUAGAUAUCCUACCGCUGCCGAAGAGGUCGUGAUGAACAUGUUGAGCAUUAAUCAUGCGGCCAAGGGAAUUGUGAUGUGGGACUUUCCUACGAAGGCCAAAAUUCUCGAAGUCACCAACAAGUUGGCUGCUGUUCUGACUGACGAGAAGGUGGCGAAGUUCCUGAUAGGAGCGCCUUUGACACAGAAAUUGAAGGUGGCUGGUGCUGAGAAUAUCGAUGCUGCGGCCUGGACCAAGGAUGGCGAGGUGCUGGUCUCUAUCGUCAAUCUUGACUAUGGAAAUACACCUUCCAAUGUGACGGUCACCUUGCCUGAAGGCAUGAAAGUUGCUCAUGUGGAGGAAGGUCUCUGGGGGAAUGCUUCGUGGAGUGUGCACGGUGAGAAGCUGUCUACAAACUCGGUUAUGGGCUCAGAAGUCUCCUUGCUAUUGCUGAAAACAUGA